CGCUAUAUGGCCAAUAUAGAAGGAAUCAAAAUGAUACAGUCACAGAUAUCACCGUGAGCUAGAAACUGCUGAUUCUUACCGUUGAUUAUAAGCCAUCUUUCACGGAUGAUAAGGUGUCCGUUGAGUAAAUACUUUUCACGCACGCCAUCUAAUGUGGGGAAUUGUAUAUGAACGGUAUGGAUCAUCAGAUGGUGGGGCAGAAGAUGCGAGCAGAUUGGUCGAAGCAAUUGCCUCCGGAUGAUUGUAUUUGAAGUUGUUGACUGCGCUUCCUCGUCGCAUUUCCCGGUUACUCGUCGCUCCCGCCUUCAUAUAAAGACUCUCUCUCUCUCUCUAGACUUCAAUUUCAUUUCAGAUCUGUUUUCUCGCACGCAGAAAGAGAGAGAGGAGGAGGAGGAGAAAAUCAAUGGCGAUGGUAUCUGCUCUCGCCAAAUACAAGCUGGUAUUCCUGGGCGAUCAAUCCGUUGGAAAAACCAGCAUCAUCACCCGAUUCAUGUACGAUAAGUUCGAUGCGACGUAUCAGGCUACUAUUGGCAUUGAUUUUCUGUCAAAGACGAUGUACCUUGAAGAUCGGACAGUUCGUUUGCAGCUUUGGGAUACUGCUGGACAGGAGAGAUUUAGGAGUCUUAUCCCGAGCUACAUUAGGGAUUCUUCUGUUGCAGUAAUCGUCUAUGAUGUAGCUAAUAGGCAAUCAUUUUUAAACACUUCCAAAUGGAUAGAGGAAGUACGCACGGAACGUGGCAGUGAUGUCAUUAUCGUCCUUGUUGGAAACAAAACUGAUCUUGUUGACAAAAGGCAAGUUUCGAUAGAGGAAGGAGAUGCAAGGGCGCGAGAAUUCGGUGUCAUGUUUAUAGAAACUAGUGCUAAAGCAGGCUUCAAUAUCAAGCCACUGUUUCGAAAGAUAGCCGCUGCCUUGCCUGGCAUGGAGACCCUCUCCUCGACAAAACAGGAAGACAUGGUUGAUGUGAAUUUGAAGCCCACCGUCAAUACCUCACAGACAGAGCAGCAAGCUGGAACGUGUUCAUGCUGAAGACGAAGCAUAAGAGAAAUAAUGGAAUUCCAUCCACGUGAUACCAAUCUUGAAAAAGUUCAUGCAGGAAAGGAAAAUUUUCCAGUAGCUCGACAUUCAGAAGAUCUGAUGAUCGUGGAGAUGUUUAGAUUUGAUUUUCCCUCAGGUCCAUGGCCCAUCUUAAGAUAGCAUAGUCUUACCCCGUAAUUCGGCUGUUGCGGUUUGCAGGUGAGGUUGGUCAUUCUUAAUUCAGUAGUAUGUAUUUUGGAGCCUUCUAACUCUGCUGUUAGCUGUUCAUUUCUUCCUCUGGCUGCUUUUUAUUUUUUUAUUUUUAGUGGUUUUUCUUUUUCUUUUUCUUGUUAAUAAUUAUUAGACUCUUGAUUUGAGCAUCUUAUGCUGGGAGGAAGAUAAUACAUUGAUCGAUGGCCCAAAAAAAAAUAUAGGCUGUCAUCCAAUUCGGUUAUCUAAAUAGUGAUUCUUAGGCCCCAGGCGGUCCAACA